GCCAGAUCCCCUCUGCAUCCUUGUUGUUCCCCCUCCCUCCCUCCCCUUCCCACCCCUCCUCCCCCCUCUCCUCGCCACUCGCUAUUGACCAUGAGCCACCGAGGAGGCGGCCCCGGGCCGAAGUCUACCCACGACACGAGCUUCCGUCGAACCUGGGACAAGAACGAGUAUGCAGAGCGCGCACGAAAUCGCCACCCUCGUGACGAUGCCGACCCCGCCGCCGAUGCCCCCCGGCCCCCGCGCACCUAUGCCAAUAACUUGCAGGCUCGCACGGAGCGCGUGGACUUCACCGAGCGCCUGAACCAGUCGAAGUUGGUCGGCGGCCUCGGCUUCACGCAGCCCGGCUUCCACUGCGCCGUGUGUGAUGUAUACAUCCGCGAUUCGAUCACCUACGUGGACCACUUGAACAGCGAUCGCCACCAGCGCAAGCUUGGUCGGUCUGGCUAUGAGGUUCGUGCCUCGAUUGACGACGUCAAAAACCGCAUCCUGCAGCUGAGCCAGCGCCGCGAAGAGCCGGGAGCCGGCCUCCCGUCGAACAUCUCUGCGGCCGACGCCCAGGCCGAGGCCUUUCGCCAGCGCGUGCGCGAGGAGAAGCUCCGUUUGGAGCGCGAGCGCGAGCUAGCCAAGCAGGCUGCUGACCGUGCAGGCGCUGAGCCUGAUCGUGAGCCCGAGCCUCGUCGUAGCCGCAGCCGCAGUCGUAGCCGCAGCCGCAGUCGGGAUCGCAGCCGCAGUCGGGAUCGCAGCCGCAGUCGGGAUCGCAGCCGCAGUCGGGAUCGCAGCCGCAGCCGUGACCGCAGUCGGGAUCGCAGCCGUGACCGCAGUCGGGAUCGCAGCCGUGACCGCAGUCGGGAUCGCAGCCGUGGCCGAGACCGUAGUCACAGCCGGGACCGCAGCCGGGACCGCAGCCGCAGCCGGGACCGCAGCCGCAGCCGGGACCGCAGCCGCAGCCGGGACCGCAGCCGCAGCCGGGACCGCAGCCGCAGCCGUGGCCAGGAUCGUGGCCGCGACCACAGCCGGGAUCGCUACCGCUAUCGCAGUCGUAGCCGUAGCUACAGCCCUGACCGUGGCCGUGGGCGCUAUCGCGGUCGUAGCCGUAGCCGUAGUCCCCCCUAUGCCGGCCGGAGGUUCACCGACGCCGGCCGCCAUGAUCGUGGCCGUCAUCGUGACCGCAGCCGCAGUCGCUCGCCCGGGGGCCACUACCGGCAGCCUCGCUAA